UUAGGGAAAGAGGCAUAAACUGGGUGGUAAUGCUUUUUAGGGCAACUGGAUGUUUGAACGAGUAUGCGAUGGCGGAAGACACCACCACAAAAUCAAAUCUAUACGUGGAAAGUGAGAAUCAACCCCAACAAAAGAAAGGGAAGAGCUAUCGACAUUUGCACCAUCCCCCUUUCGGCAAUCCAGAGAUUCUUGUUUCUCCGCUUUGCUUUGAUAUCUUCGUCGCGGUGUCGUCUAGCCGGAUUUGGAGAUUGAGCUGAAACCUAGGUUGAUGUUGUAUUUGGUCCUCGAGGGAAGGGUGAAUGAGAUGGCGAUGGAUUUGUUUUCUGCGGACAACUCGGGGCUUUGAGUUGGGAAGGUGGUCGAGGGGGAGAUGGAUGGGAAAGGUGGCUCCUUUGUGACGAUAAGGAGAAUAUCUCAGAGGGCGGGUCGAGGGAACGACUUUCACCCACCACCUGGAUCAACUGCGUGGAUUGGAAAAGGUUUUUCAUGUGUUUGUGCCCAAGGAAUAGAAAGUGAAGGCCACUUCAUAUUCGAUAUAACACCUUCUCAGGAGGAAUGUUUACAUAGGUUACAAAAUCGGAUUGAUGUUGUUUAUGAUAGUUCCAAUAAAGAGCAUCAGGAAGCCUUGAGGGCCCUAUGGUCUGCUGCUUAUCCUGAAGUCAAACUCCAUGAUUUAAUAUCCGAACAAUGGAAAAAUAUGGGAUGGCAAGGAAAGGAUCCUUCUACUGAUUUUAGGGGAGGUGGAUUCAUAUCUGUAGAAAACCUAUUAUUCUUUGCCAGAAACUAUCCUAAAUCCUUUAAGGACCUGCUUGAAAAACAGAAUGGGGAGCGAUCUCUAUGGGAAUACCCUUUUGCAGUAGCUGGUGUCAAUAUCACAUUCAUGCUCAUAGAAAUGCUUGAUCUUCGACUUGCCAGACCCAGAUCAUUUGUUGGAGCUAUUUUCUUAAAGCUACUUUCAGAGAACUUAAAGGCAUUUGACAUGUUGUAUUGCAUAACUUUCAAGUUGAUGGAUCAGCAAUGGCUUAAUAUGCAUGCGUCAUACAUGGACUUCAAGACGGUAAUGAAGUCAACACUUGGUCAGCUGGAGCAGGAGUUGCUUGUGAAGGAUUUGAAUCGAAUUGAGGAUUUACCUUCAUAUAAACUUCUUGUUAGACGCAUUUGAUUGAGGAUGGAAUUUUAAAUUGAGCGUGAGCAAGUUGAUUCACUUUGGUUAUUUUUCUUGUUUUAUGCUUCAUUUGCAUUGAGAAUAGCCAUUUCCUUACUGUGAAAAUGUUGUAGAUCCAUGCUUGAGGUAUGGUUCUCUUUCAAACAAGGUGAUUGAUAAAUAUCAUAAUUUUACUUUUUUUUUUCUUC